AUGGAGCAGGAUCCAUUCGGUGACGACAGUCGGCCACAAACAGCGUUCGGUGCCAGUUCUACAUCAUCCCGGAGCUCGACCCGCAUGACCGCCUUAAGCGCUACUAGAAAAGAACACCGCAGUCUCCGUUUUGACGUCGGGGGCACGGAUAACAAGGUCGUCGUCGUCGGACCAAAGAGCAACGUAACGCUGUGUUGCGGCGGUGCACCGCAGAGUGGCGCACAUGGCGGUGGUAGCACAGAUGUGAACGCCACAUUCAGGCAAGACACGAGGGAGUACACGUCAACGCCGGAAGGGCGUCAUGUCCAAGUGCAAGGCACGAUGACGCUACGUCACUCUGCUUUACGUCGUACGACCGCAUUGGCCGUUUCACACACGGAAUCUCGGGGAACUAACACCUCUUGUACAUUCAUCAAUAAACAAACUAAGUCUGAAGAAACCAACACCACUAUCACUCUCGACCAAGUCGAGCGCCUCCUUCAACUCAAGGAAGAGAAUAUUGAGAGGCUCAAUGAUCUACCACAAGUGCAGGAACUACUGAAUGUAACAUCGGACGGUCAGCUAAAAUCUGAGAACCAACAACUUAAGAGGGAACUUCAAAACCUUAAAGGAGAAAUAAGCAAAGCGAAUUUUCAACUGAAAGCGAAAGAAACGACCAUACACGACCUGAGAAAGAAGCAAGUUGAAACAGAGAGAAACAACAGCAAAGGCAUCAGUAAAACUAUAGAAGAGAAAGAAAAGAAGAUACACGAAUUGCAAAGACAAGUUUUAACAUUGGAAAGGAAGAUAGCAGAACGAGAGGGCCAAGAACAGGAGUGCUGCAACGAAGCAAAAAGACAAUUGAAAGAAAAAGAUGGAAUAAUAGAACAAUUGAAAGAGGAGUUACAAAAACGGCGGAAAGAUGUUGAAGAUCUGUGUAAAGCAAUGCGACAUCAGAAAUUUGAAUGUAAGAAACACAGUACAGCACUUGGAAAUGCUUCAGAAAAGGUGAAAAACCUGGAGGAAAGUCUUGACAGCUCCGAAAAAGACCUUAAGAAAAAAGAAGAACAUAUCCAGUAUCUCCAGGACAGGAUACGUGUGUUACGGAUGGGACAUGCAGCAGGGACACAGCCGUUUAACAGACCUUCUGCGAACCCCACAAGGCGAACCUACCCCCCUCCAACCUAAUGUUCAAUACAGCCCUUCCAGAGAUUUGAUGUAUAAACGACUGCCAGGUGUUUCAAGUAUGUAGCCUAAUAGCAUUUCUUAUGGCUAACAACACAUGAUCUGGAUUUCACUUAUGAAAACAAUCACAUACCAUAAACAUAUCCAAAUCGAACCUCUUGACAUGGUUUCUACACUAUUUGAGGAUUCGGUGUUUCUUCUCAAUCACUUUUGUCAGAAACAUUCUGCAACAGUUUGUGUCAAGGUUUCAUUGCUUCACAAAGGGCUGCAGGUCCACGGAUGGGUGCAAGGUUCUCUCCCACACGAGCGAACCGACAUUAUUCCAACCAACCAAAGUGUGAAGCUGUUUCUUGUACAAAAGUUUGGGCUACAGGUGGCUUAUACUUUGGGCAUUCCAAAACAAAACUUUGAAAUGUUAUAUGGCAACUUUUUGUCAACAUGAAAGUACUUUAUAUCCCAAGGGGCACGUAAUUGGCUUAACACGAAUAAGGAGAAUAAAUUUCCUGACUACCACCCCAUGUGACAUUGGUAACUGGGAAAGAGCA